AUGGGACUCAACUUUAGUGUAAUUCAGUUGAAGAACGGGGUCAACAAGGCGAAGAAACAUUAUAGUAGUUUCAAGAAACUUUUGUCACAAUCUGGAUUUGGAUGGGAUAAUAUAAACAAUAAAGUUGUUGUGGAUGAUCAAAGUGUGUGGGAGUCUCACAUCAAGAAUAAUAGCGAACGGGCUAAAUUCAGAAAUGAUGGGUUUCCUCAGUAUCAUGAUUUAUGUAUCGUGUUUGGUGAUACAUAUGCUUUUGGGAACUAUGCAUCAGGAAAUGCAGAAGAAGUGGUAGGAUAUGCUGAAGAAGUGGUAGUGUCCUCUGAGAGAGAUGACAAUGGUGGUGACAACGGUGAUGGUGGUAGUGGUUAUGCAGUAGGUGAUCCAGAGGAAUUUGAUGAACAGCGUAUUAAUGAUGAGGCCUUCAUACCUGAUACAACUACUACCUCAAAUCUUAAGAAACACAAGCAUGAUAGGACUCCAAAUUCUAAGAGGAGGAGGAAGAGUACCAGAUAUGAUAUUAGUGACACCUGCAAAGCCAUUCAAUAA